AACAACAGCCAGUUUGUAGUUGGAUAAAACACCUGAUUAGCAUUUACACCCAUAAUUUGCGAUUGAUUGCCUAGCUGCCAGCUAUAUAAAGGACAACACUCUCGACUUCAAACAUCUUCUGAUCAUCUCACUCUCAAGACAGCAGCUCACCGCAUCAGCAACAGGAACAAUGGCUCUUUUGUUGGUGUUCGCAUCCCUGGUGGCCAGCGCCAUGGCUGGUGAUCUGCUGUACGGCGGCUUGGCAGACCCUGUCCUUGGCAAUGGCAUUGGCAUUGGCCUCGCUGGUCCUGUCAUCGGCGCUGGACCUUUUCUUGGUAGAAGCAUCGCUGCUCCCGUUGGUGCCGCUGCUCCCGUCUUCGGCAAGAGCAUUGGCAUCGGUCCUGUCUACGGAAGGGGUAUCGCCCUCGGCGCUGCUCCUGUCUUGAGCAAGGGCGUUGGACUUCUGGGUGCUCCCAUCAUUGGUGAUGGUCUUGCCGCCGAUGCCGGCCUCAUUGCACCAGGCUCCGUCCUUGGCGCUGCUGGCCUUCUCGGAAAGUAUUAACUGCCAACAACCAUGACCCGCGAGACUGAACGAGAACAGCAUGCCAUCUUGUUGCUGUUCAAAAUAAUAAAUGAAUAAAGUUGAUCUAAUUCAGC